CGGAAGUUGUUUUCUGAGGAGAAGACCCGCCCUUCAGCCGCUGGAACACGUUAAGGUGAAGAAAGAUGUUGUCUGUGGUUGCGCGCGCGGGGCCGUUAUCGCCCUAUUUACAGGCCUCGAGCUUCACUGUUCCCGGGCCGCUGAAGGCUCUCGCGCCCGGACUGGUGAUGAAAAGUGAAAAGAUUUUGCUGGAUGUGAAGAAGCCGUUCCUCUGCCGCGAGUCUUUGAGCGGACAGACCCCCAGGACAGGGCCCUCUGUAUUCGCCAGCCUGAACGCAAGUGGCAGUGUGCGUUUCGCUCACACAGACAUCAAGGUUCCUGAUUUCUCUGAUUAUCGUCGUCCUGAAGUGAUGGACCCAAAGAAGUCAUCUCAAGAGAGCGGUGAUGCCAGGAGAACAUUCUCCUACCUGAUCACAGGUUCCACAGCUGUCAUGGGUGUUUAUGCUGCCAAAACGGCUGUCACACAGUUCGUGUCCUCCAUGAGUGCUUCGGCAGAUGUUCUGGCCCUGUCCCAGAUCGAGAUCAAGCUGUCGGACAUUCCCGAGGGCAAGAACAUGACGUUUAAAUGGAGAGGGAAGCCGCUGUUCGUGCGCCACCGCACAGAGAAAGAGAUUGCUACCGAGGCUGACGUGGAUCUGUCUCAGCUGCGUGACCCUCAGCACGACCAGGACCGUGUUCAGAAACCAUCGUGGGUCAUCGUCAUUGGAGUGUGCACUCACCUGGGCUGUGUUCCAAUUGCCAACGCAGGUGACUAUGGAGGGUACUACUGCCCAUGUCACGGCUCGCACUACGACGCCUCGGGUCGCAUCAGGAAAGGUCCGGCGCCGCUCAACCUGGAGGUUCCGUAUUAUGAGUUUCCUGAUGAAGACACAGUGGUGGUGGGCUGAUAACAUUAAGUUUGUGUGUGCUUGUGUGUAUAUCAUGCUCGCCACUCUGUUCAUGUGAUAACUGUAAGUAAUAAACCUAUAUUUUAUUUCA